GGCCAGGGCGCUGGAGCUGGACAGGGAAGCGGAGCUGGACAGGGAAGCGGCCAGGGCGCUGGAGCUGGACAGGGAAGCGGAGCUGGACAGGGCGCUGGAGCUGGUCAGGGCGCUGGAACUGGUCAGGGAAGUGGACAGGGAAGCGGAGCAGGUCAGGGCGCUGGAGCUGGCCAGGGAAGCGGAGCUGGUCAGGGCGCUGGAGCUGGUCAGGGAAGUGGACAGGGAAGCGGAGCUGGACAGGGAACUGGACAGGGAAGCGGUCAGGGCGCUGGAGCUGGACAGGGAAGCGGUCAGGGCGCUGGAGCUGGACAGGGAAGCGGAGCUGGACAGGGAAGUGGUCAGGGCGCUGGAGCUGGACAGGGAAGCGGAGCUGGACAGGGAAGUGGUCAGGGUACUGGAGCUGGUCAGGGAAGCGGAGCUGGACAGGGAAGGAGUGGCCAGGGCGCUGGAGCUGGUCAGGGAAGCGGGGCUGGUCAGGGCGCUGGAGCUGGUCAGGGAAGCGGGGCUGGUCAGGGCGCUGGAGCUGGACAGGGAACGGGUCAGGGCGCUGGAGCUGGACAGGGAAGCGGAGCUGGACAGGGAAGUGGUCAGGGCGCUGGAGCUGGACAGGGAAGCGGAGCUGGACAGGGAACUGGACAGGGAAGUGGCCAGGGCGCUGGAGCUGGUCAGGGAAGCGGGGCUGGUCAGGGCGCUGGAGCUGGUCAGGGAAGCGGGGCUGGUCAGGGCAAACGUGUGGACGGGGCCUAA